AUGCUCUUCCUGCCCGUACUGUUCUUUACAUGCUUCCUGGCCGUUCCUGCCAUAGCCAACGUGGAAAAGACCAUCUUCACUGCGCCUGACAGUAUCAAUUUCGGAGAUGCUCGUCCAAACUUGAUCGACUUGCAUCUUGAUAUUCUUUCACCGGAAAGACUCUCUGUCCGGACGCUUGUCCCUGUAAUAUUUCCCACCGAGAAGCAUACUCGUGGACUAUCAUCUUGGUACAUUCUGGACAAUCUACGUCCAGGUCAGCGCUACGAGGUUCGAAUCUGUUGGGCAGCCACGCAACCCACUGAUUUCUUCUUGGACACAUUUGAGGCCACGACCGUCUUUGACACCACCAAGCUACUGCAGGACUUAAGUGCUUACGCCGAAGAGCGCCAGAAUAUUCUGCCUCUGGACGACAUUGAAGGCUUGGGCGGCUCGACUACUGCCAACAGAUCUAUUCUGUUCCUUCGCAUCCAAUCAGCAGCCAGUUUCUAUACCACCGACAAAGCCUUGAUGCAAGAUCCUCCACCUGUCUAUGUAGACAUCAUUCUUGAUCCGUACCUUUGGAACAUCUUCCCCCAAUCCUUGCUUCCCACAGCUGCAUACAUUCUCAUACUGGCUGUUGCCAGCUGGUUUCUAUCUGGAUUUGCUUGGUCCAAGUUGCAGGUCUUUGUGCACAAAAAACAACACUCCGAUUGA